AAAUAAUAAUUCCAACUAUACCAAAUAAGAGUACAAGUUUACAAUGGCGCAUCUAUACGACGAGCGCGGGAAUCAGCUUCAGCUCACCGACGAGCACGGCAACCCCGUGACCCUCACGGACGAACACGGCCGCCCCAUGCACCUCACCGGCGUUGCCACCACUGUUGACCCCACCAACGUCGACGUGGUAACUGACACCACGUUUGGUGGAGGCGGUGCUCCAACAACUGGUGGCGCCGCCAUCUUGGUCGAUCAAUAUCCGGAAGCGCUCUUAUUUGAGCCGCCACCGCCGCUGCAGUCACACCAACACCAGCAAGUUCUUCACCGCUCUGGCACUUCUUCAAGCUCUAGCUCGGUAAUUAUUCUAUAAUUAAGAUGGCGGACUCUUAUAGAAU